AUGGUUGAUCCGCUAAAACUCUUUUGGGUUAUUACCAACAGCACCUACCUGGUAACGAAAUUCAUUCGUAUCGGGAUAGCCGACAAGAACGAUAAUCCCCCGUACUUCGACAAGGGCCUCUACGAGGCUGAGGUAGACGAGAAUGAGGACAUCCAGCACACGGUGCUCACCGUUACCGCCAAAGAUCACGAUGAGUCCUCGCGUAUUCGAUACGAGAUCACGAGCGGGAACAUAGGCGGUGCGUUCGCCGUGAAAAACAUGACCGGCGCCAUUUACGUCGCGGGUGCGUUGGACUAUGAGACGAGGAAGAGGUACGAGCUUCGGCUUACUGCCUCGGACAACUUGAAGGAGAAUUACACGACUGUUGUAAUUCACGUGAAGGACGUAAACGACAACCCGCCCGUCUUCGAGCGGCCAAAUUACAGAACACAAAUUACGGAGGAGGACGACAGAACUCUGCCGAAACGCGUCCUCGGGGUCACCGCCACCGACGGAGAUAAGGACAGACCGCAAAACAUCGUUUACUUCCUGACCGGGCAAGGUAUCGAUGCCGAUAAUCCUUCGAACAGCAAGUUCGAUAUCAACCGCACGACCGGCGAAAUCUUCGUCCUAAAGCCGCUGGACAGAGACCAACCGAAUGGCCGGCCGCAAUGGCGGUUCACCGUGUUUGCACAGGACGAAGGCGGAGAGGGUCUCGUGGGUUAUGCCGACGUGCAAGUUAACCUCAAGGACAUCAACGACAACGCCCCGAUAUUCCCGCAGGGGGUCUACUUCGGCAACGUCACCGAGAAUGGCACCGCAGGAAUGGUGGUAAUGACAAUGACAGCCGUGGAUUACGACGAUCCGAGCGAAGGCACGAACGCGAGGCUCAUCUACUCCAUCGAGAAGAAUGUCAUCGAGGAGGAGACUGGCUCGCCCAUUUUCGAGAUCGAAUCGGAGACCGGCGUGAUAAAGACCGCAGUAUGUUGUCUGGAUCGCGAACGCACCCCGGAUUACUCUAUACAGGUCGUCGCGAUGGACGGAGGAGGUUUAAAAGGUACCGGGACGGCAUCGAUACGGGUCAAAGAUAUAAACGACAUGCCGCCGCAAUUCACGAAGGAGGAAUGGUUCACCGAGGUGGACGAGACGGAAGGACCGGAUCUGCCCGAAAUGCCGAUACUCACCGUUACUGUCCACGACGAGGACGAGACCAAUAAAUUCCAAUACAAGGUGAUCGAGAGCAGCGGUUACGGCGCCGACAAAUUUACUAUGGUACGGAACAACGACGGCACGGGAUCAUUGAAAAUUGUACAGUCGCUGGAUUACGAGGACCAAUUGCAAAGCAAUGGCUUUAGAUUUAGGAUACAGGUGAACGAUAAGGGCGAAGACAACGACAACGACAAAUACCACGUAGCUUACUCCUGGGUGGUUGUGAAAUUGCGAGAUAUUAACGACAAUCAGCCGCUGUUCGAGAAAGCCAACAUCGAGACCAGUGUGGCGGAAAACGCUCGCAUAGGCAGCACCCUGGAAACAUUCAAGGCCACCGAUCCAGAUCAAGGUGGAAAGAGCAAGGUCUCUUAUUCCAUUGACAGAAGCUCCGAUCGAAAGCGGCAAUUCUUCAUCAACGAAAACGGCACAGUGUCGAUUCAGAGAAGCCUCGAUCGCGAAGAAACUCCUCGACAUCAGGUUAAAAUUUUGGCGAUCGACGAUGGCAUACCACCCAAAACCGCGACGGCCACCCUGACAGUCGUUGUGCAGGACAUCAAUGAUAAUCCACCCCGAUUCCUCAAGGACUAUCGUCCAGUUUUGCCGGAAUACGCACAAACCAAGAAGGUCGUCGAGAUUCUCGCCACCGAUGACGACGACCGAUCGAGAAGCAACGGUCCGCCGUUUACAUUCAGGAUGGAUCCUAAUGCGAACGAUGUUAUCCGAGCUAGCUUCAAAGUGGAAAGCGAUAACAAGGGAGCCAACGGAGACGGAAUGGCCGUAGUGUCGUCUUUACGAUCGUUUGACAGGGAACAGCAGAAGGAGUUCUUGAUCCCUAUUGUCAUCAAAGAUUCCGGGAAUCCUUCUAUGUCUGGGACCAGUACAUUGACCGUUAUCAUAGGGGACGUUAACGACAACAAAAUGCAGCCUGGCUCGAAGGAAAUCUUUGUAUAUAACUAUGCAGGACAAUCGCCUGAUACCGAGAUAGGUAGGGUAUAUGUAUACGAUCUAGACGACUGGGAUCUGCCGGAUAAAAAGUUCUACUGGGAAGGAUUGGAGCACACUCAAUUUAAGCUCGAUGAAGACUCAGGGAUGAUCUACAUGAAGUCCGGCACGCACGACGGCAAAUAUCACUUGCGGUUUAAGGUCUACGAUCGGAAGCACACGCAGACGGACGUACCCGCGAACGUAACCGUCACCGUCAAGAGUAUUCCGCACGAUGCGGUACUGAAUUCAGGCUCGGUUCGGAUAUCCGGGAUAACGGACGAGGACUUCAUUCGUGUCUGGAAUUAUCAGAAUCAAACUCUCUCUCGAAGCAAAGUGGAUCUGUUUAGGGACAAACUGUCACACUUGCUGAACAUAGACAGAGACAACGUGGACGUCUUCAGUGUACAGUUAAGGAGGAUGCAUCCACCAUUGACAGAUGUCAGAUUCGCCGCGCACGGCUCACUGUAUUAUAAACCAGUCAGGCUCAAUGGCAUCGUUCUCAUGCAUCGUGAAGAGAUUGAGAAAGACGUGGGCAUCAACAUAACCAUGGUCGGUAUCGACGAGUGUUACUACGAGAACGAGAUGUGCGAAGGCAGCUGUACGAACACUCUCGACAUCAGCAGCUUGCCAUACAUGGUGAACGCGAAUAGAACCGCUCUUGUUGGCGUGCGUGUCGAUGUGAUAGCCGAAUGUACCUGCGGAGCGCGCAAUUUCAGCAAAGGCGAGUCUUGCAGGAACAGUCCCUGCUACAAUGGUGGACGCUGCGUGGAGGACCGAUUUGGGUUAUCAUGUCAGUGUCCAUCUGGCUACAACGGUCCGAGGUGUCAGCAAACUGCCAGGAGCUUCCGUGGCAACGGUUGGGCAUGGUAUCCCGCCUUGGAGAUGUGCGACAACAGUCAUUUAAGCUUCGAGUUCAUCACGAGAAAAUCCGACGGGCUGUUAUUGUAUAACGGCCCGAUCGUGCCUCCCGAGUCCGACGAGAUAAUGGUUUCAGAUUUCAUCUCAGUCGAAUUGGAACGCGGUAUACCGAGACUGCUGAUCGAUUUCGGAUCCGGCACCUUGGAGUUGAAAGUAAAACCAAAGAAAACUCUGGACGACGGCGAAUGGCAUCGACUCGACAUCUUUUGGAACACAGAGACCGUGAAACUCAUCAUUGACUACUGCAAGUCUGCGGAGGUAUCCGAGCUGGAAGAUGGUAGCCCGCCAGAGUUCAACGACACCAGCUGUCAAGCUCAGGGCAUAGUGCCGCCGUUUAAUGAGUACCUGAACGUGAAUGCACCACUGCAGAUCGGCGGCCUUUACGUCGAGCAAUUUGAUCCGUCGCACUACAAGUGGAAGCACAUGCCGGUGGGCAAGGGUUUCGACGGCUGCAUCAAGAACCUCUUCCACAACAGCAAGCUAUACGAUCUGGCCCAUCCCGGCCUGUCGCGAAACAGCGUCGCUGGUUGCCCCCAGACCGAGGAGAUCUGCAACAACCAAGAGUCGACUUUCCGCUGUUGGGAACACGGCACCUGCGUGGGUAGUUUCACCGAGGCGAGAUGCCAAUGCAAUCCCGGCUGGACCGGUCCUGGCUGCAUGACACCGACCAUCCCGACUACCUUCAAGCCUCAAAGCUACGCCAAGUACGCGUUAUCCUUCGAGCCCGAUAAAUAUUCUACCCAGGUGCAAUUGAGAUUCCGUACCCGGGAGAUCCACGGCGAGCUGUUCAGGGUGAGCGAUCAGCACAACAGGGAGUACGCCAUUUUGGAGAUCAAAGACAGCAGGCUGCACUUCAGAUAUAACCUGAACAGUCUCAGAACAGAGGAGCGAGAUAUCUGGCUCUCGGCGAUAGCCGUCGACGAUGGACAAUGGCAUACGGUGAGAGUGUCCAGGUACGGAUCCGCGGCGACCCUAGAGCUGGACGGCGGCGAGGGACGGAGAUUCAACGAGACCUUCUCCUUCGAAGGCCACCAGUGGCUCUUGGUAGACAAGCAGGAAGGCGUCUACGCAGGCGGCAAGGCGGAGUACACCGGCGUCCGUACGUUUGAGGUUUACGCGGACUAUCAGAAGGGCUGUUUGGACGACAUAAGAUUAGAAGGAAAGCAUCUUCCUCUACCGCCUGCUAUGAACGGGACUCAGUGGGGUCAGGCAACGAUGGCGCGAAAUCUGGAGAGGAACUGUCCAUCGAACAAACCGUGCGCCAAUGUCAUCUGUCAAGAUCCCUUCGAAUGUAUCGAUCUUUGGAACGAAUAUGAUUGCACUUGCGGAGAGGGAAGGAUUCCGUCACCGGACAAUAAAGGAUGUAUGGACAAGAACGAGUGCAUCGAUUAUCCCUGCCUGAACGGCGGCAGAUGCAUCAAUCAGGAUCCACGAUUCCGAUACCGAUGCAUCUGCCCCGAUGGCUUCUGGGGCGAGAACUGUGAGCUGGUCCAAGAAGGCCAAACGCUCAAACUCAGUAUGGGUGCACUGGCGGCCAUACUUGUCUGCCUUUUAAUUAUACUCGUUCUCGUGCUGGUGUUCGUCGUUUACAAUAGAAGACGAGAGGCGCACAUAAAGUAUCCCGGACCGGACGACGACGUGAGGGAGAACAUCAUCAAUUACGACGACGAGGGCGGUGGAGAGGACGACAUGACCGCGUUCGACAUCACGCCUUUGCAGAUCCCGAUCGGUGGUCCGAUCCCGGAAAUGGGUGGCAAGCUUCCCCCGUGCAAAGUGACCUAUCCACUUGGACCGGAACCAAACGUCGGCAUCUUCAUCGAGGAUCACAAGAAAAGAGCCGACAGCGACCCAAACGCACCUCCCUUCGACGAUUUACGGAAUUACGCGUAUGAAGGCGGCGGAAGUACCGCGGGUUCCCUAUCAUCAUUAGCCUCCGGUACGGACGACGAACAACAUGAAUAUCAGUAUCUAGGCGCCUGGGGUCCCAGAUUCGACAAACUGGCCGACAUGUACGGACCCGCGGAAGAGAGCGAAGAGGAGGACUAA